CUUCAGCCUCAUCUCAACCUCAAACAAACAACACACAACAUAAAAUAUUCCAGGAACUAACCAGGAACAAGGCAAAUACCGCGCAGUAACAAGCAGCUACAAUGGAGGACGAAGCGCAAGAAGCUAUUGUCAGAAGACGGAUGGCAGAAGGGGCAUUGCCCGGUUGGCAGCUCGAUCCACCUCAUAUCCUCCCAUAACUACUCCCGCUUUACGCUGCACAGGUCAACAAAUUCCACAGACAUACUACUAACUAGCAUUGUUAGCUACAGGAAACUAUCACACCAUCUUUAAUGCUGUACAUAUUGUCUUUCUUUGUCGCCAUCGCUGCUUUUAUUAUCAAUCACAUCGCAUUUCACGUAGUGAUUUGAUGGUGGAGCCAGCCGGCGCCCCUCUGCCUGGGCGGCAGCAAUGCUCUCGAGAUGCCAGUCACUAGAAGAGUUAAGCUCUAGCAGGAAUGGCGACAGUCUCUCCUUAACUCUCGUCCCUGAUUCUCCUGUUGAACAAACAAUAUCUGGGCCAGCCUCCACAGCGUCUUCCCCAGAAGCCCAAUCGUUGGGUUCGUCUUCUCCCACUUCGUCUCAGGUUAAUGUAGACUCCUCUCCUUCGCCCACUCUAGAAUCAAUUACCAGUCCUGGAUCCAGCCGCAAUAUCACUAGCCCCUUAAGUGAUAGCUACUUCAGCCAAGGGAAGAAACCAGACGGUGUCGAGGUAGAUCACAGCCCAGUCCGCUCCGGCUUACUCAACACACUUGAGAGAAGGCGGAGCUUAAUCAGAAGUCCAUCACCAGUUGCUCGCAAGAGGUUCUUGUCUCCAGACCGCUUUAUCCCAGCUCGUGAGCCUUAUGCUACAGAUGUACCUGCAUUCCGCUUAAGCAAAAAUCCGCGUUUGCUUUCUCCAGGAGAGAAACUGCUACGGCGACGAGACCCUAGAGCAGACCCGUUUGCUCCAUACCAGCCAAGGAGACGUGCUGGUCUCUCUAGGUCAAGUCGAUCGUCGGACCGUAGAGAUACUCCUCAUCACUUACCGCGACAUGUUAGCGACACGUCAGUUUACGCAAGGAAUGACAGGCCGGCUGGCCGCGGAAACCAGCGCCAGAUCAGCGCCGGGGCGGUUUGGAAUGUGGGAGGCACAGCCGCUGCAACCGGACGUGCACCCGUGGGUGUCGACAAUGGCCGCGGAGGGCUUAUUUCAACCGGGACGAAUGCCCCGAUGUACAUUGCAAACUUUCUGGACAAGGACACGCAUAUUCAGCACCUCAAACGUCACGAAUCUCGCCUUGCAACCGCUUUAGAUAUCGACCAGGCAAAUAAAGUCCUGAAUUUUGGGGACCCUUCCCUGUUUAUGGAUCCGGGAUAUCUCGCAGAAGCCGCUCAACUUGAGAAGUACUCUCCUUACGUGUGGAAGCAUAGUAGCUGGAUACGAGCAAAUAGCAAUACAUUAGUGCACAAAAGUACGUCCAAACCAGCACGAUCUGCAGUUCCAUCGACGCCUUUCCGGGUUCUCGAUGCCCCUCUUCUGCGUGACGAUUUCUACUGUUCUACCCUCGCGUAUUCGUAUACUGCUCGCCUGCUGGCCGUUGGACUGAGUAGCCGUGUGUACCUCUGGUCAGAGAUUCUCGGCGUGCAAUACCCACCAUUGGCGCCUCAUCUUGCUUCAAACUAUGUGACUUCUCUUUCCUUUUCUUCACCUCAAGGGGGUAAAAGCAUUUUGGCUAUUGGUCGACACGGUGGUCAAGUUUCGCUUUGGAGCACUUUCGAUACUGAUGUUCGAUUUGAAUUUUACCAACGGACUGCUGUUUCCUGCGUCUCAUUUAAACAAGUCACAACCAAAAGACAGUCAACCAGGUUUCAAGGAUUGGUUGUUGAUACCGAGGAUUUGGUUGUUGGAGACGAUGCAGGUAACGUGUGGUAUUAUUCUGUAGAAUGGCCAGAUUCGAAAACAAGAGAUCGCCAUGGGUGGAACGGAGCGACAACGUUGAUUGCAAAGAUCUCUGCGCACACCCAGCAAAUAUGCGGCAUGGUGUGGUCCCCUGAUGGUAAAUAUCUUGCAACCGGAGGCAAUGAUAACGCUUGCCUCUUGUUUGAUAUUCCGGAUAUUCUAGGCAAGAGUGACAGAAAUGGACAACCCAGCUCCUCCGUAGAGACGACAAAUCCACCAGCAUCGCCCCAAGCUCGCGGCAGUCUUUCCCGUUUCCCUUAUCAUUCGAAUUUAAAUCGUAUCUUCGACUGGGGCCGGCUCAAUCAGUUUUCCAUACCCCAUGCACUCAGUAGUGCGCCUUCCUCUGGAGUUGCACAGGACUCCGCCCCAAGACAAGCUGGAUUUUUAGGAUCUAGGCAGCAUCAGACUAUUUUUAUACCAGCCAACCGACAGAAAUACAAAUUUCACCACUCUGCCGCGGUGAAGGCAAUCGCUUUUGCGCCUUGGCAGCCAUCACUUUUGGCCACAGGGGGUGGGUCAAAUGAUCGUUGCAUCCAUUUCUUCCAUACAGGAUCAGGAGCCUGCCUCGCCACGAUCAACGUCCAUGCUCAGGUGACAAGCCUCAUUUGGAGCAAGACACGGCGGGAGAUCGCAGCCACGUUUGGAUAUGCGCAACCGGAACACCCGUUCCGUGUAGCUGUUUUCGCAUGGCCCAGUUGUCAGGAAGUGGUAGCUAUCCCCUGGAGCCCAGCUCCUGAUGGUGUAGCUGGUAGCACGGACCUUGACAACUCGCAUGAUUGUGGUCGUGCCUUGUGGGCGAUCAGCUAUCCCGGAGGUCCCAAUGAUAUGACCCACACUGGUGCGGAUGAACGUGUACCUUCGACCUCAUCGUCGAGCUCUACAGUCAUAGCAGCACCCCACAACCCCGCGACGGGAGAUGGUUCUAACCGAUCUAAUUCUACUGGCUCUUCCGUAAAUACUACUUCUACAAUAGUCGCUAGCAGCCCGAUAACAAGACCACGUGUCGCGUAUCGGGAAGGCGGUACGUGGUGGUCCCGUACUGCAGAAGAGGGAUGCAUCAUAGUGGCCUCUAGCGACGAGUGCGUCAAGUUCCAUGAGGUCUGGAGUGGGUCACAGAAGAGUACGGCUGGGGCCACUGGUCAGUUGGGCGGGAGUCCUAUACUGGAGAGUUUGGAGGGGAUUGACCGGGAAGGAAGCGAGGUUAUUAGAUAAAUACCCCAUAUCGCGUUUUGUUUGUUCCCCUAGACGGCGGGGUCGCUGUGAAGUCAUACCCUGUUUUUUCCGCUCACUUUUUCUUCUUUGAAGCCCUAGGAUUUGAACGUGUCUUGUUAGGUUGGGGCCUUCUCUAUCCUGCCGACUAAUCCUUAGUCAUUCCUAGAUUCAGCGUUCUUGGGUGGACUUAUUAUUUUCUGCAUUCUUAGCUUAGAUUCUCUAUGGCUAAUGGCUCCGGUAUAGAUGGUUAUGGAAUCAAUGUUAUUCUUAUCAAUUUUCGGGUCGUUUUCAUUCUCCCUCUUUUUGUCUUGUAGUUAGCACCGGGUGAGAAUUAGAGUGUGGGUUAAAAUAAAUAUAUCUUCAAAUUUUCCGGGUUAGACUGAACCACCUACUUUUAAACGCUGUGAAGGAGUUGGAAACAGACUAUUUAUCAGAGUUAGGUUUAUAUUUAUUUCGAAAUUAUAUAAGUAAAAUCUCAUACCUA